AUGUCCGUGAUGGCAAUGGGAGCUCCCGCUUCGGGUCCCUUCUCAGCGGGCGCCCCGCUGCAGAGCUACCAGGGCCCUGGCGGCUACCCGGCCUCCCUGGAAGGCAGCCAGAUGGGACCAGGUCCUCUCCUUGGUCCAAGGAUGCCUUUGAUGGCGCCACCCUUCCCGCAGACGCCACAGCCUCUGCUGGACUCUGACCCUGCCGACGGACCUGUGUCCGUGGCAUUUGGCCUGAAACAGGAAGUGGUGGAGACACGCGCCAAGUAUCCCGCGCCCGCGACGCUACAGUACAUCCAGCGGCGCGCCGCGGUCCUUCGGGAGGAGGAGAUAAAGCGCCAAUGCCAGCCCUCGGCCGAGUCCGACGUCUGUGGUUGGGUCAUGGCCACCAAUGAUGCGAACGGUUCCUAUGGAGGUCGCCAUCCGGACAACGAAGUCUCUGCCGACAGGAUGAAUUUGCAUUUCGACGACUUCAGGUUGGUCUACCAGGCGAUCUCUGGCACUGCGCUGCUCCAUUGGGCCUCGAUGGAGGACUUCAAGGUUGGAAUCUUCGGUGCCCGGCGCGCCCCGCGGCCCAUCGCCUGGUGGGACCUGCGGAAAGCCUACGACAUCGUGGUGCAACCCGGAGAUCGUAACUUCGACAUGGCGGCGGCGCAGUUCACAAUUCUGAUGCACGGCGGCAACCUCGGCUUCGCAGUGGAAGGCGAAGAGGAUGUGCCCGUUUGGUACAAUGCCGUGAGAUCCGUCAUCCGGGACUGU